AUGCUGUCCAAACUUGCCAUCGCCUCGUCGCUCGUGGCCGUCUCACGGGCUCAGCAAGCAUGCUCCUCCACCACAGAGACUCACCCCACAAUGACAUGGUCCAAGUGUGCUGCUGGAGGCACAUGCACUUCCCAGUCAGGGUCCGUUACAAUCGAUGCCAACUGGAGAUGGACCCACACCGUCUCAGGCAGCACUAACUGCUACACUGGAAAUGAAUGGGAUACAUCAAUCUGCACCGAUGCAGAGACGUGUGCAACGGCCUGCUGUCUCGACGGAGCUGACUACUCCGGCACCUACGGCGCCACCACCAGUGGCAACGCUCUCAACUUGCAGUUUGUGACCGAGGGACCAUACAGCACCAACAUCGGCAGCCGUUUCUUCUUGAUGGCUAGCGACACCACAUACCAGAUGUUCACCCUACUCGGCAACGAGUUCACCUUCGACGUGGACGUGUCGAAUUUGCCAUGCGGCCUGAAUGGCGCUCUGUACUUUGUCUCCAUGGACGAAGAUGGUGGCAUGUCUCGCUUCCCUACCAACAAGGCUGGUGCCAAGUACGGUACUGGGUACUGUGACUCGCAGUGCCCGCGGGACAUCAAGUUCAUUGAUGGUGUUGCCAACAGCGAGGGCUGGACCCCUUCCUCCAACGACGUUAAUGCCGGUCUCGGCGACUUGGGCUCGUGCUGUGCUGAGAUGGAUAUCUGGGAGGCGAACAGCAUCUCGGCCGCUUACACGCCUCACCCGUGCACCACGUCGUCUCAGCACUCGUGCAAUGGUGACGCCUGUGGAGGAACUUACUCUGCUGACCGAUACGGGGGAGAUUGCGAUCCCGAUGGAUGUGACUUCAACAGUUACCGCCAGGGCAACACCACCUUCUACGGUCCCGGAGACACCAUCGACACCAAGUCGCCCCUGACUGUGGUGACUCAGUUCCUCACUGGCACUGACGGUGCCCUGAGCGAGAUCAAGCGCUUUUACGUCCAGAAUAGCAAGGUUAUCCCCAACUCGGAGAGCUCCAUCGGCGGCGUCACGGGCAACUCCAUCACCACUGCUUAUUGCACCGCCCAAAAGGCUGCCUUCGGCGACACCAAUGACUUCGCCAAGAAGGGUGGCCUGGCCCAAAUGGGUGCCGCCCUUGCCAAGCCCAUGGUUCUUGUCAUGAGUCUGUGGGACGACCACGCCGCCAACAUGCUUUGGCUCGACUCUACCUACCCCGUCGGCAGUACCGCCGAGGGCGCGGCUCGCGGCACCUGCGCCACCACCUCGGGCGUCCCCUCCGACGUGGAGAAGAACAACCCCAGCGCCUCGGUAAAAUACUCUAACAUCAAGUUCGGUCCCAUCGGAUCGACCUUCAACAGCGCCGGCUCCGCAAGCGGUAGCUCGUCCUCCAGCACGCCGGGUGCCACGACCAAGCCGACAUCGACGACUACCAGCUCGACUUCGGGCGCCACGGGCACCGCACCCAAGUGGGCUCAGUGCGGGGGUAUUGGGUACACGGGUCCUACUACUUGUGUGGCAGGGACUACUUGCACCGUGUCGAAUGAGUACUACUCGCAAUGCUUGUAA